UUUAAAGGGGGGCAUAACGGACAUCUACUUUAGUUUCCCCUUCUUCGGUUCACAAAACAAAAAAGUUUUGCUUUCUUUGACUCAGAUGUCUGCAACUCCUUCAAAGCUGAGGGAAUUAACUGCAUAAUCAAAAUCUUAACUUCCACCAUGAGCUCCACUAGUUGGAAAUAUGACGUGUUUCUAAGCUUCAGCGGUGAAGACACUCGAAAGAACUUUAGAGGUCAUCUAUAUAAUGGUUUGAUUCGAGAGGGAAUUAAGGUAUUCAUGGAUGAUACAGACAUUGAAAAAGGAAAAUUCAUUUUAGUAGAACUUCUUAAUGCAAUAGUAGAAUCGCGUAUUUCAGUCGUUGUUUUCUCAAGAAAUUAUGUUUCUUCACGUUGGUGCUUGGAUGAACUUGUGAAAAUCGUUGAAUGUAAGAAGGAGAUGAGACAAACAGUCAUCCCAAUUUUCUAUGAUGUGAAUCCAUCCUUGGUAAUUGAAAAGUUUGAGGAAGCUUACGGUCAACAUGAAGAGGGUUUUAUGGACAACAUAAAAAAUAUACAAACUCAGGGAAAGGCUUUGAUGGAGAAUACAGAGAAAGUGCGAACGUGGAGGAAGAGUCUAGAGGAGGUGUCCAAUAUUUCUGGAUUUCACUUGAAGGAUGGGGAUGAAGCAGAAUUUAUUAAAGUUAUUGUGAAGGAAAUAUCAAGUAAAUUAAGUAGUUCUACUUCAACCUCAACCUCAACUUCAACUUCAGCCUCAGCCUCGUCAAACUUGAUCAAUCUCAAAAGAUUAGUGACUGCCUUUGCCACUGGAGUAAUUACAUGUUCAGAGAAUCUUGCAAUGCAGGCCCACACCCACACACUCAGAGUUAGUGGGGCCAAUCGACCUUUGACUCACUUGCCGCUCCCUUUUUUUUUUUUUUUUUAAUUUUUUUUGAUGGUCAAUUUAGCUGUUUUUGACUUUUGGUCACCAUUUCAAAUCAUUCGUUGACGCCGCCGACAUCAAGUAUAAUAUCUGUCCGUGGGUCCACAGAGUAAGAGUUAGUGUAGCCGUCGGUGUUUUUCAUUGUAAUAUACAAUCUAUUAAUUAUUUAUAUAUUAGAUGGCGUGAGUGUGUG